AUGGUAAUCCUGGGCGCUGCCACAAACGUGGUGUACAGCUACGCUGGGCAGUGGAUGUACUUUGAACUCAUGGACACCAUGUCGGCUCCGGAGGACUUUCCGAAGUCUUUCUGCAUUGCAGGGCCAUUUAUGCUCGCUACCUACUUGGCGGUGGCAUGUAUGGGGUAUGGCUUUGGAUCGGGCAGUGGUGACUUGAUCGCCGGUAUGCCCCAUGGUCCGAUGCUUCAGGCUGCAGCGGCCAUGCUCUUCGUCCACGUCUUGAUUGUUUAUUUGAUCAAGAGUGUAGUGCUGGUUCACUAUCUGCACGGUUGCUGGAAGCCUGAGCAGGUGGAUUCACGGGGACUUCGCUCCUACAUGCAGCAUGGAGGCUUGGGUGUUCUCCUCCUGCUCUUGGGUUUCGUUGUGUCCAAUAUGAUACCAUUCUUUUCACAGCUGCUGGGCAUCAUCGGAGGGCUCUUUGCAGGCCCGAUCGGCUUCCUCUUUCCGAUCACAUUCUUUCUUCUGGCGAGAGGAAGAGAGAUAUUGAUGGAGACGGAGGAGCAUGACAAUCUGCCUACGCAGCGCGAGGCGUCUCCGGAGGAGGUGGUUGCCAUCUGUGGGAAUGAUGAUGCGCAGGAGGAAGGCACCGAAACAAGCUCCUCUGCAAGCUAUGAAAGCGUGCUGGGCAGCGAGCGGUGUAGGAUUCUGAUGGUCGGCUUCAACUCCCUUCCCUAUUGGGAGCAGAUCACCAUCGUGGCGACGGUGAUAUUCAUCGUGACCACAAUGGUGUUUGGGGUUGCUGAUGAGGUCCUCCAGGUCAUGGAAAUGUGGGAUCGGUUAGGAGCCCCAUUUCAGUGCCACCACCUGGAGCCACCGAGCCGUCCGACGUGCCCGGGCUCAGCUGGCUAG